AUGGAUUUUGCUGCGCUCACUCGCAGGCGCCAUCGAACUUCGCAGCUACUCCAGCCAAUUUUACGAGCUUAUGCCCUGGGAUAUUUGUCUUCGACAACACCAAAGGUUAUAUCUUGCCUACGUCGACUCUGGGGUGACAAUGGCUUGAGCCACCAGCAAAAACUAGCGGAAUUACUCCGGACGUUAACUUGUACAUUUCGGCCGGAAAGCUUUCCGACCUUUUGUGCCGCACUUGUUGGGGGCUCGACUUUACUUCCACUACUGGUUUUGAGAGCCCUACAGGUUGCAUGCCGUAGACUUGGCUCGGAUUCCAAAAGUCUAAGUUCUCGGGGUGUCUCUCGGUUAAUCCAAUUGGCCGCGUCAUUCAUAUCUGCAUGGUUCAGUUUCCAGCUUCUGAAUCGUAAGCCGGUCAGUUUGCAAAAGGUGUACAGAGAGGCCCAGGAUGAGAGGGUCCACGAAACAAUUGUUAACCAGCCGAGACCUCAAUUCGCUGGAAGAACCAUGGACCUCACACUUUUUACUCUUGUACGGGCCCUUGAUUCGUUAACUUGCAUUUCUUGGGGCUGGGGCCAACGGAAGUGGAAAGGCAGCCCUCGUUGGAAUUUGGCGCGUUCAAUCAUUCCUGGGCUUGCAGACUCCGCCAUCUUUGCUGUUAGUGCGGCAGUUGUGAUGUGGGCUUGGUUUUAUUCUCCAGAAAGGCUGCCAAGGUCAUAUGAGAAGUGGAUUGGAGAAGUGGCCAAGGUGGAUGAACGCCUAAUUGAGGCCCUCCGCCGUGCAAGGAGAAAUAUCUUUGUUUACGGUAAAGAUACUGGACAGGCGCCUUUACUGGAAUCUAUGUGCAAAGACUUUGACUGGCCUAUUGAAUGGGGUGACCCCUCGAAGACCGUCCCAAUCCCCUGUGAAAUGGUACAUAUGGGAUGUGGUCCUAAUUGUGAAAAGCAUGCCGUCUCUCGGUUCAUGAGAACGUUCAAGUUCGCGUGCGCUACCUAUAUUCCCCUGCAAGUUGCUUUUCGGUUUCGGUCAAUGAAGUCUAUGGCGUUGGGGCCUAGGCUAUUUGAUGGGAAAACGGUAACACCGCAGAUGUGGGAUUCUGGACUCUGUGUCGGUGCUGGAUGUGCGAUGUGUGGGUGGAGUAUACUCGUCGAACACGCAAAGAAGCGGCAGGAGAUUGCAUUGUUUGUGGCACCCAGGGCCACCGCCACUGUGCUCCCCAGGUUUUAUGAACAGAAGUAUCAAUACCGGGAGCGUGCCACGUUUGCUAUAAGUGCGGCUAUCCUUUUCACUUGUUUCAGAGAAUGUCCCGACACGGUCCGAGGGGUUUUUGGCAGGGUUGGAAGAAGUAUUCUGAAUUGA